AUGCCCCAAUCAGGUGCUAUUACAGUGAAGGAGCGACCCCCCUACGACAUUGGAAGCCUGCUAAAGGUAUACUACAACUUUAUUUCGUCCUUUAGAGAAACCAAACCUAUGCUAACUGACUCCACCGAGACAUUCCUUGUUGGGUUGGAAAAAUAUACGGGCACUAACACUGAAGGGUAUAUAACGGAGGGGACGCAACGACUGCUGUACUUUUCCUACCGAAAUUGUUUUAGCCAACUGCCUAACGGUAGCACGACGGAUUCCGGCUGGGGAUGUCUAUUGCGCACUGGGCAAAUGGUCCUUGGACAAAUCCUUAUGCGGUACAAUGCUCACUGCACUUCAGUCAUACCAACCGCUGAGGUCGAAAAAGUACGACAACAGACUCAGUUGUUGUUUAUGGAUACACCAACCGCCCCUUUUAGUAUACAUCAGUUAGAGAUGGAGGCGCAUAAAUUUGGGAUUUCUUAUGGGACGUGGCUCUCACCUACACAGGCCUGUAGAGCAAUGUAUGCUACCCUUCUCAAGUACUACACGGAGAACGGUGCCGGCCCUUAUCCGUACUGUAGCAUUGAUCGAAACAUUGCCAUACAACCAAUUCUGUCAAUUUUAGAACGCUCAGGACCUGUUGCAUUGUUUAUACCUGUAGCCCUCGGUAUUGGGAAAAUUGGGGAGAAGUACAAAAAAGCACUACUAUGCUGCCUAAAAAUGAAGUCCCUAUGUGGCAUUGCAGGGGGCCAUCGGCAGGCUUCAUACUAUUUGUGUGGUUGCCAGGAACGGAAAGUGUUUUACUUAAAUCCGCAUUAUAUACAAGGGGCCUAUGUUUCUAAAAGGACUGCGGGAAAACUUGUUGGAAGUUUGAAUACAAUCAGUAUUGACAAACUUGAUCCAUGCAUGUUGUUUGGGUUUUACAUUUCGAGCAAGGAAGGGUUCAAUGAUUUUCUCGAAGAUCUUCAGGAGAUGAACUCUUUUUUAUUAUUUCCACUAAUUACUGUGACGAAUAGUGGUUCUGAAGAUGAAAUGGCCCUUGGAAAAGAUGAAAAGCUGAUGGACAUAGAAUAUGAAGAUAAAUAUUGA